AUUUAAAAUGAAGAAAAAUGAACAAAAUAAAAUUUAUUUUGAAGAAUUGAAACAAUGAAAAAAAUAUGAAUUUUUGCUCAAUUUGUUCCUUAUCAAAAUUGCAUAGGAAAAUUUUUUCUUAUAAAUUUAUUCCUCCCUGGGGAAUUUAGAAGAAAAAAGUGGGAUCUACCUUUCAAUAAUUUGACUAAAAUUUCAACAUAACUGAUAUAAAUUUUGAGAAACAAAGAAUUCACCAUAAUAUUUUUCUUUCAACAUGUUCACCAGCUAGAGUUUUAUUAUGCCAAUUUUUGAAUUAAUAAGAUAUAAAAUAAUAACUAUUCGUAAGAUGAUUAUGCCCGCAUGUGCGGGCAAAACACCUAGUAUAUUUUUAUAAUAGUUCUGAUUUUAUAGAGAAAAUUUGAGUAAUUCGAAUUUUUGGAUAAAAUAACAGGUAAUUAAGAUAAUUAAAAUAUUUUAAAUAAAAUAAAACAUUUGGUAAUCAAUUUAUGAAUAUGGUCAUAUAAAAUUUAAUACUUUUAGGUAUAUAAACUGUAUUUUGGUGUCUAUACAAUUCUCAGUUUGGUUUCAUAUCUAUCUAUACUAAUAAAGUCAGCUUUUUUAUCUCCAUGGGGGGAAUAAUGACAUUUGUCACCUGCUGAUUUGUUCUAAUUUUCGUAUUGGGCUUUAUUGCAUAAACUGUGUUACGUUUUUUGGUGGUGUAGACGUGUUGGACUUUUUAAGUGUAAAAUAUCUUCUGUUUUGUGUCCGACCCGUUUCAUAAAUUAUUCAGGCCCGGUAAGGACUUGCGACGUCUAGGUCGAACCUUCCUCCCACAGACGCCGUUCUCUGCAGAUGAAGACCAUUGAUAGCUCUGUGGCCGUUUCAACGUUUCAUGUUACUCAUCUUUAUUGUUUCUUAUCUUUAUUUCCUCUCAAAUCGUAAUUACCCCACUAUUCCGCAUUGAAUCCGACUCUUCCGCUUCCAUUGUUGCUCAGUAGAGCUUCAGGUAUAAAUACCUCCUCAUCCAGUCAUGGUCAUUACAGCUACGACAAGAAUCAGAAAGUCACUUUUUUCAAGUUACGGUUAUUACAAUGGCGAAUUCUCGAGUACUUCUUGCCGAUUUGAAAGCAGGUCGCUGUUCAAACGUUGCGGAGGUCCGGCUGCUCAGGUUCUGGGAGGCCAGAAAUGUUAGGAAAGGGGGAGAGCUGAUGAGUGUUGAUAUGCUCUUUGUUGAUGAAAAUUCAACGCUAACGCAAGGAUCGGUUGGGGCGAACCAUCAGCUAAGGUUCAGAGAUCGUCUCAGUGAAGGCUCUCUCUACACGUUAACCGGAUUUGACGUCACACGCAGCAACACGAAUUUCCGUUUGUCUGAUGCUCCUUUCUCGAUCCGGUUCAAUGAAGGAACCGAACUUGAUAAGAUUCCAACGUCUGUUAGGCCCAUACCUACGGAGCUUUUCAGGUUCAUGCCAUACAGCCAGAUACUUGAGCUCGCAAACACUGGCAAGCAGCUUCCCGACAUAAUAGGGGAGUUGAGUGCAAUCAGGAGCACAAUCACAGACCGUUUACCAGGGGCACGGCGUGUCAUGCUAACUCUGCUUCUUGAAAGUGGUGAGAACGUUUGUGUGAGUAUGUUUGACUCUAUGGCUCUUGCCUUUCAUACCAAACUUGACAGUUAUGGGAGGGAGCCCAGAGUUAUAAUUGUUACUAGCGUCAAUCCUAAGAUAGUUGGUGGUCGUCUGUUUUUGAAUGGUACUUCCGGCACACAUCUUUACUUUGACUCUGAGACAUCCGCCGGAAAAGAAUUGUUUGACACGUUGCCAGGUCAUGGGGCAGACCCAGGAUCAUCUAUUUCGAAGGUCGUUCAUGCACAGAAGGUUGAGCCAAUGACAAUCUCCGAGCUUAACAAGUUCAUUACCACUGCUGAUUCACAGAUAAUAGAGUUUCUUUGCACCGCUGAGGUCACUGGUAUCCAGCUAGAUGACGGUUGGUGUUAUAUUGGCUGCUCCGGUUGCUCAAAGAAACUUAUCCGGGAGAUAUCCUCUUUCACAUGUGUUUCAUGUAAUGAAACUAAUGCUGUUGCUGCUCUUAGGUACCGAGUGAAGUUGUCUGUGUCAGACCACACUGACAGCGCAUCUUUCCUAUCUUUUGAUAUGGAAAUGGCUAAACUAACUAACAUUCAAGCUUCUGAGGCUGCUCAAAUUGUGGGGAUUGGUGUUGAUGCUCAGGUUGACACGGAGCUUCCUCGGUCUCUUGCUGAUAUUGUUGGAAAGACCUACACCUUUCAGCUCAAAUUGAAUGAUUUCAAUUUCUCCUCCAAGCACCAAACAUUCACCAUCUCUCGCAUCUUUCCGGAGCGACUGCUUGCACCCAUGCCUGCCUUUGUCGUUGCUGAAGGAGCAGAUGUUCCCGACGAUGCACCUCCUGAGAUAGUGGCUCAACCACCAAAUGCCAACGUUGGAACCACUUCCACUGGAGCAGACAGUCCAGCUUCAACUGAUGCUUCAGCUGCUAAACGUCCACCAACGGCCAAGGACCAAGAUGAUGUUGACAAGACUGCCCCAAAGAAGGCACAUGUGGAAUGAGUCCAUUGCUCCAGCUUGAACAACCACACCUGCUUCAGUUUCUAAUUAUGCUCUACUUUUUUCAUUUCUCCUUUUGAACUAUCUCGCUUUGUCUUUUAAGGUGUUGUGUCAUGCUUUUGUGUUUUUUUUUUGUGGUUGUGAACUAUUUCGAUUUGGCUUUUAAAUGAAUGUGGUUGUUCGUUUUAUUUUAUAAAUCUACACCUCUUCUUAUAUCA